CUUUCCCGACCACUGGGGAUUUUAGUCGCCACGUGAGUUCAUGGCGGAUGCUGCUAAAGACACGACGGGCCUCAUGUCGGCGACAGCAGCCGCUAGGAAGCGGGGAAAGCCGGCCUCGAGGGCCGGGGCCGGUGCGGGAGCCGGCAAGCGGCGGCGGAAAGCCGAUUCUUCUGGGGACAGGAGCAAGGCCAAGAGUCGCGGCAAGAUGAAUGAAGAGAUCUCCAGCGACUCUGAGAGCGAGAGCGUGGCUCCAAAGAAGACUGAGGAAGAGGAGGAGGAGGAGCUGGAGGAGACUGCACAGGAGAAGAAGCUGCGCUUGGCCAAGCUCUACCUUGAGGAGCUGAGGCAGCAAGAGGAGGAGAAGGCUGAGGCCCGUGCAUUUGAGGAGGACCAGGUGGCGGGGCGCCUGAAGGAAGAUGUGCUCGAGCAGAGAGGCAGGCUGCAGAAAUCAGUGGCAAAGGAGAUCCAGGCCCCAGCCCCAGCCGACGUGCAGGUCUUGAGGGGCCACCAGCUCUCCAUCACCUGUUUGGUCAUCACCCCUGAUGACUUGGCCAUCUUCUCCGCCGCCAAGGACUGCACCAUUAUUAAGUGGAGCAUCGAGAGCCGUCGGAAGCUGCAUGUGAUCCCACGAGCCAAGAAGGGUGUUGAGGGGCAGCCGCCCGGCCACAGCAGCCACGUCCUCUGCAUGGCCAUCUCUUCCGAUGGCAAGUACCUUGCCUCGGGCGACCGCAGCAAGCUCAUCCUCAUUUGGGAGGCCGAGAGCUGCCGGCACUUGUACACCUUCAUGGGACACCGGGACGCUGUGUCGGGUCUGGCAUUCCGCAGAGGUACCCACCAGCUCUAUAGCACAUCCUACGACCGCUCUGUGAAGGUGUGGAAUGUGGCUGAGAACUCCUACGUGGAGACACUUUUCGGGCACCAGGAUGCUGUGGCUGCCCUGGAUGCGUUGAGCCGGGAGUGCUGUGUGACAGCUGGGGGCCGGGACGGGACUGUGCGUGUGUGGAAGAUCCCUGAGGAGUCCCAGCUCGUCUUCUAUGGCCACCAGGGCUCCAUCGACUGCAUCCAGCUCAUCAACGAGGAGCACAUGGUGUCGGGCGCAGACGACGGCUCUGUGGCCUUAUGGGGCCUCUCCAAGAAGCGGCCACUGGCCCUGCAGCGUGAGGCCCACGGGCUGCGGGGGGAGCCGGGCCUAGAGCAGCCCUUCUGGGUGUCGUCAGUGGCAGCCCUGCUCAACACGGACCUCGUGGCUACAGGUUCCCACAGCUCCUGUGUGCGGCUCUGGCAGUGCGGCGAGGGCUUCCGGAGGCUUGACCUUCUCUGCGACAUCCCCCUGGUGGGCUUUAUCAACAGCCUCAAGUUCUCCAGUUCCGGGGACUUCCUGGUGGCUGGGGUGGGUCAGGAGCACAGGCUUGGCCGAUGGUGGCGGAUCAAAGAGGCACGCAACUCUGUCUGCAUCAUCCCCCUCCGCAGGGCCCCUGUGCCCCCGGCUGCUGGCUCCUGACACACUUAUUCCCCCUUAUUUAAAUCCUUCCUGGGCUGUGCCCUACCCUCUUUGUAUUAAAAGCCUCCCCUUUUGGGCCCUGUCUCCUGCAGUUUCUUGGGUGGGGCAGGGACCAUGGAUUGGGUAGGGACAGGACUUUGAUAGCCUCUCACCCUGGCCUGUCUGCUGGCUGGAGAGCUUUUUAUCUUUCCCCAGGAAUCAGGGGAUGGAGACCUCAGCUGACUGAUUCAUCAGGCCAGCUCCGCAUCCACCUCAAUGGGCUGGUAGAGGUCAGAAGCUGCUGAUCCCUCAACCAAGAAGUCAUGGGUAUCUGAUCUGUGCAAGGGCUGGCUCUAGAUUCUGAGAACUGAACUGGAAACAGCCAGGUCUGCCAGAGCAGACCUCCAGGGACACAUUGCCCCUGAGGUGGGGGUCUGCAGUGGGGGUGGAACCUGCACUGGUAGGCUUUCACCUGGAAUCAGAGUUGGGGAGAGAUUUGUCACUGGUCCAAAGGACAGAGCCCAAGUUCAUUGCCCAUCACGAUGUGACCCUGCCUGGCAAAUGUGGCAAACAUUCACUCUUCCUGAGUCUCCCUCCUGAAUAGCAAAGCCAGUGAGGUGAGAGACAGACUGGAGGACCCGAGUGCAGUGACUUCCCCUUCUCUCAGUGGGGAAAUGAGAAGGGGGGUGUUAAGGGUCCUGCCCCAGCUUUCCCGUCUUUGGUUCUAACCCAUUGGACUUCACAGCUGAGCCUAUGGGGGUCUGUGUGGGCCCCUCGGCAGGAAGCCCCGGGGCAUCGCUCCUGCUUCCUGCUCAUGAGCCACCCCCCCCUUGGACCUACCUGCUCCUGCCAUCAUCCUCUUGGGGCCACAGGGGUCAGGUUUAGAUUGAGCCCCCAGAAAUCCUGAAGUGGAUCAGCAGGUGUUAGAAUUCAUCCCCAAUGCCCUGCUUCAAAUAGGGCCUGGUUACAUUGUUUUAUAUAAAUCUCUAGAAAUUAUCCAUUGAGCUUGAUGAUGGCAUAAAAAUAACCUGUGAGUAACAUUGUAAGCAACACUGAAAUGCCCCUGUUUGUACAUUCCCAACAAGGAAUUAAAAUUAAAAAAUGAA